AUGGUAUUUGGCAGUCCUUUUAGUGACACCUAUCCAUCAUUUAUUUGGAAAUCACUUAAAAAGAGUAGAAAAGGAAAAGACAUUUUUAAUCCUUUUUUUUAUGCUUUAAAUAAAACAAAAAUUUAUGAUCAUAUAUUAAAAUACAAUGCUCGUUAUUGGUUAUUUGUUGUAACAACCGGAUGUAUAACAUCCUAUUUUUGGGGUGUAUGGUUUAAUAAUCAAUGGAAGAGAAUAAAUAAAGGGAAAUUGUACAUUGAUUGUCCCUAUAAAUAUCCAGAAGAAGAAGACUAG